AUGGCUACAACUAACAACAGCCACCAUCAAGACAACAGCACAAACACCGGAGGCGGCGGCGGACAGGUGGUGGCACCGUCCAAGACGACUUUUCUAACUUCAAAAACCGUUGAUACACAGUCUGUUCUGAAAAGGUUGCAAUCUGAACUGAUGGCCCUAAUGAUGAGCGGAGAUUCUGGAAUAUCAGCUUUCCCUGAGGAAGAUAACAUAUUCCAUUGGAAAGGAACAAUUACUGGCAGCAAAGAUACAGUAUUUGAAGGAACAGAAUACAAGUUGUCACUAUCCUUCCCUUCCGACUACCCUUUCAAGCCUCCAAAGGUCAAAUUUGAGACAAGCUGCUUUCACCCCAACUUCGAUAUGCACGGGAAUAUAUGCUUGGACAUAUUACAGGAUAAAUGGUCGUCUGCCUACGAUGUGAGGACAAUACUGCUAUCCAUUCAGAGCUUGCUUGGAGAGCCAAACACGAGUUCACCUCUCAACACUCAAGCAGCAUCACUAUGGGGAAAUCAAGAAGAGUACAGGAAAAUGGUGGAGAAAUUAUACAAGCCCACUGGAUAG